CUCUGACUCAUUUGAAAAGCUGAAACAUAAACUCUGCUCUGCAUAAAUGGUGCUUGACAUGGCUUCUCACUUGUACACAAAUCCACCUCAAAACCUUCACUUUAUUUCUUCUUCUUCUUCCCUUAAACCUCAUUUAUGCCUCUCUUUCAAACGCAUAAACCCUAAACACAAAUCCUCUUCCUCUUCCGUCUUCGUCCCUUACGCAUCACAGAGUUCCAUUGCCAUUACCUCCAAGGAAAGAUGGUCUCUCAAUGGAAUGUCUGCUCUUGUCACCGGCGGCACUCGUGGAAUUGGGCGUGCGAUUGUGGAGGAAUUGGCUGGUCUUGGAGCAGAAGUUCACACUUGCGCUCGGAAUGAGUACGAGCUGGAGAAUUGUUUGAGUGAUUGGAACCGUUCUGGUUUUCGAGUUGCUGGAUCCGUUUGCGAUGUCUCUGAUCGAUCUCAGAGAGAGGCUUUGAUGGAGACCGUGUCAUCUGUGUUUGAAGGGAAGCUUCAUAUCCUUGUAAACAAUGUUGGGACGAACAUUAGGAAACCAAUGGUAGAGUUUACUGCUGGAGAAUUUUCGACUCUGAUGUCUACGAAUUUCGAAUCGGUUUUCCAUUUAUGUCAACUUGCUUAUCCAUUGCUUAGAGAAUCUAAAGCUGGAAGUGUUGUGUUCAUCUCUUCUGUUUCUGGUUUUGUUUCCCUCAAGAAUAUGUCGGUCCAAUCUUCAACCAAAGGAGCAAUUAAUCAACUUACGAGAAGUCUGGCUUGCGAGUGGGCCAAAGACAAUAUAAGGAUCAAUGCUGUUGCCCCGUGGUAUAUCAAAACAUCUAUGGUGGAGCAAGUCCUUAGCAACAAAGAGUACCUAGAAGAAGUCUACUCAGUAACUCCUCUUGGUCGACUUGGCGAACCGAGAGAGGUGUCUUCUGCAGUGGCUUUUUUAUGCCUACCUGCAUCAUCAUAUAUUACAGGGCAGAUUCUUUGUGUUGAUGGUGGAAUGUCAAUAAACGGUUUCUUCCCACGACAUGAUUAGGCCACUCUAUUGUUUUACUAGUUUCCUUGGGAUCCUUUUUGUUUUAUCUUUAGCAUGUCUCCUUUCUCCCGUGAAAGACAGUUCAUCGAUAUGAGAUGAGAAUUGAAGUUGUGCUACUAAGUCUACUGUUAAUGAAAAGGAUAAUUUAGCAUCAGACAGCGUGAUUCAGUUUCCCUUGUCUUUUACUGAUUAUCUUGAUUGUGCAUGUGGGGGAAAAUUGCUGAGGAACCUUUUCAUGUUAUGACUUUUAUGAAAACAAAAACUUUAUGUUUCUUGAGUUAGUAUUCAUUAGCUUGUAUUCUGUGUCAUCCUUUCUCGGUUUUGGCUUUCAUUGUGUCUUGAACCUGCACUCAUAUCCAACAAACAAUGGUUGAGGAAGAGAGAAGCUGCAUAGAAUAAACGAGGAACCUUUAAUGAAUU